CACAGCUGUCCUGGCACACAAAGAAGCCAGGCCUGCAGACUCGGGGGCUCUGGGCUGUUCCUGAGGCCUCUGGAGGCCCGCCCCGUGGAUCCAGUGCGCUGCGAGUGACCUUCCCCUUCCCGACCCCCGAACGUGCCUGUAGUCCGCAGGCCUCAGCGGGUGUUGCUGCCUCUGCUCAGUAGGGUCUAGUGAUCAGGAAGAAAAGCAACUAGGAACAAUGAGGUUCCAUUUCUUCCUGUUCAUUGUUCACCUUUUAGCCUUGGGCUCUGGUAAAGCUAUAUUCAAGAAUGGUGUUUCUCAGAGAACAUUUCAAGAAAUAAAAGAAGAAAUAGCCAACUAUGAAGAUGUUGCUAAAGCAAUUAUCAACCUUGCUGUUUAUGGUAAAUACCAGAACCGGUCCUAUGAGCGUUUGGGACUUCUAGUUGAUGCUGUUGGACCCAGACUGAGUGGCUCUAAGAACCUAGAGAAAGCUAUCCAAAUCAUGUACCAAAACCUGCAGCAAGAUGGGCUAGAAAAUGUCCACCUGGAGAAGGUCAGAAUACCCCACUGGGAGAGGGGAGAAGAAUCUGCAGUGAUGCUGGUGCCUCGAAUUCACAAGAUGGCUAUUCUAGGUCUUGGCAGCAGCAUUGGGACUCCCCCAGGAGGCAUCACAGCAGAAGUGCUGGUGGUGACCUCUUUUGAUGAACUUCAAAGAAGGGCAUCAGAGGCAAGAGGGAAGAUCAUUGUUUAUAACCAGCCUUACACUGGCUAUGGGGAGACGGUGCAGUACCGGGUACAGGGAGCUGUGGAAGCUGCUAAGGUGGGGGCUGUGGCAUCCCUCAUCCGAUCAAUAGCUUCCUUUUCCAUCUACAGUCCUCACACAGGUGCUCAGGAAUAUCAAGAUGGUGUGCCCAAGAUUCCAACAGCCUGUAUCACAGUAGAAGAUGCAGAAAUGAUGUCUCGAAUGGCUUCUCGUGGGAACAAAAUUGUCAUUCAUCUGGAAAUGGGAGCACAGACCUAUCCAGAUACUGAUUCCUUCAAUACUGUUGCAGAGAUCACGGGGAGCAUGUAUCCAGAGGAAGUUGUCCUGGUCAGUGGACAUUUGGACAGCUGGGAUGUUGGGCAGGGUGCCCUGGAUGAUGGUGGUGGAGCCUUCAUAUCAUGGGAAGCACUCUCACUUGUUAAAGAUCUUGGGCUGCGUCCAAAGAGGACUCUGCGCCUGGUGCUCUGGACUGCAGAAGAACAAGGAGGAAUUGGUGCCUCCCAGUAUUAUGAGCUACAUAAGGCAAAUGUUUCCAAGUACAGUUUGGUGAUGGAGGCUGACUCAGGAACCUUCUUACCCACUGGACUGCAGUUCACUGGCAGUGACAAGGCCAGGGCCAUCAUGAAGGAAGUCAUGAAUCUUCUGCAACCCCUCAAUGUCACCAAGGUCUUUAGGAAUGGAGAAGGAACUGAUAUUAACUUCUGGAUCCAAGCUGGAGUGCCUGGAGCCAGUCUGCGUGAUGACUUGUACAAGUAUUUCUUCUUCCAUCAUUCCCACGGAGACACCAUGACUGUCAUGGAUCCAAAGCAGAUGAAUGUUGCUGCUGCUGUGUGGGCUGUUGUUGCUUAUGUUGUUGCAGACAUGGAAGAAAUGCUGCCCAGGUCCUAAGGAGAACAAGAAGAGAGGACCUUGUUCUCUGUAGUUGGGAAUCCCAACUCUGAACCUUCACAACAUCCAUCUUCACAAAGCACUGUUAUACACUUAAUCCACAGGGCAUAGUUUUCUUUAUACCUUCUGUUAACCAUCUUUCCUUAAUACUUUCUUACCUGUUUCUAGAAUAAAUAAUGAUCCCUACUGCACCACCUUGAAAAUGUUGUUUCCAGUUUAAAAAUAAGCAAUAAAUAUUUAAAAUGCUUCUGAUUUUUCAUUUUCAUUUAUAAACAUUAAAUUAAAUGUAAUGAGA